CAAAAAUAAAACAUAAAAAAGAAAGUGAUUGCCCCACGACGUGACGUGACGCGAGAGGAAGAGGAGUUUCUUGAAUCAUGAUUCAUCCAUUUUCGGAAUUUCCAUUCAUGCGCGAGCUGAGAGCGGUGGAGUGCAGUGGUGGGUGGAGCAUUUGAACAUUCUGGUUGGAACACACCAACUGUUUGUCGUUGGUUCAUAACAUCCUAUCCUAUCCUAUCUCCUACCUCGUACUCCAUAUCUCGUACCAUGCGCACUCUCUCCCUUCCCUGCCUCUCCUCUUCUCUUUACACUCACACUCACACUCUCGCUCUCACUCUCUCCCACCGUUACCACUGUCGCCUCUCUCCCCGUUCUUCUUUCAUCUUCACACCCCACAGACGCUCUCACUUCCUCACCCCAUGCUCCUCCCUCAGACAGACACAGAGAGACCCCAAAAAGCAAUUGGGGGCCAAGAUUAGCACUGCCCCCUCCGACUCUGCCUUAAAGCGCUUGUUUAGCCCCAACGAUUCCCAAGGAGACGGCGACGCCGCCGACAACACCGACUCCCGCUCUGACUUCCAGGACGCCACAGCCUUCAAGGGCACCCUUUUGGCCGGUUUCUUACUCCUCGGUGUCAUCGGCGGUUUUGCCUCCGUUGGCUAUAUCUACAGGGACCAGAUCAACUCCUUCUUAAACCAACUCUCCCUUUUUAUUGAAGGAUAUGGCCCUGCUGGGUAUGCAUUAUUCGUUGCCGUUUAUGCUGGAUUGGAGAUCCUUGCUAUUCCUGCAAUUCCUUUGACCAUGUCAGCUGGACUUCUAUUUGGAUCCGUUGUUGGCACUAUCAUAGUCUCUAUCAGUGGAACGGUGGCAGCUAGUGUUGCUUUUCUAAUUGCAAGAUAUUUUGCUCGUGAGCGAAUUCUAAAACUAGUGGAAGGAAAUAAGAAGUUUCUUGCUAUUGACAAAGCUAUUGGAGAAAAUGGCUUCAGGGUUGUGACACUGCUUCGUUUGAGUCCUCUGCUACCAUUUUCUUUGGGGAAUUAUUUAUAUGGAUUGACAUCUGUUAAGUUUAUUCCAUAUGUACUGGGAAGUUGGUUGGGGAUGCUUCCAGGAACUUGGGCUUAUGUUAGUGCCGGUGCCUUUGGAAGAGCAAUAAUUCAAGAUGAAUCUGAACUUAGUAAUAUAUUUGGAGGAAACAGUCAGCUGCUAACUCUUGGGCUGGGACUGUUGGCCACUGCAUUGGCUGCUACAUAUGUCACACGACUUGCAAAGGAUGCUAUAAAGGACAUCGAAUAGACCUUCUAGAUUGUAGACAAAACUCAGCAUUGGGAAUGAAGAGAAAUUUACUUGAAUAGAUUGGAAACUGAUACCUGAGUAAAUAAACAUCGAUAAUGAUAGAUUAAAGAUAACUGAAGAAAGUGAUAGACACAGCACGUCCCUUGUAAAUUAGAACAUUCGUAUUGAAUUCAGGUAGGAUCAUUUUA